AUGGAAGUUCAUCCUCGUCAAUCGUGUAAUUUUCAUCUCAAUUCACUUACCCUGUCAAAACAGGAGCAACACGACGUACUAGGUGGAACCACACACACCUUUGUGGAAGAAGGUAGGUUUGAGUUUGGGACCGGAUUGCACUAUGUAGGUGGUGCUCUGGCUCGUUCUAAGCUGUUGGAUGCACUCUGCGAUGGCCAGUUAGAGUGGGCGGAGAUGGACCCUGACUAUGAUCAUGCAGAGCUACUUGAUGCUCCG